AUGGGGUCAAUCCAUCUUACCCUCCUAGCCCUCGCGGCAUUGGGAACCAAAACUCUCGCAGCGCCUAGUUCCAACUUCAUAAAACGCGCCUCGAUCGCCUCGAUCCCCUCAUCAGCCUGGGACGCCCUCAACGCCAGCGUAAACGGGAACCUGCAUUAUGGCGAGCCCAUGCUCGCCCCCUGCUACGCGCGGUACGACGCCGCAACGGAAUCGCCUAAUCUAGAUAUACCCGAGUGUCUUGAGGCGCAAACACGCGGCGGAGACUUGACAUACAGCACAUCGCAGUUCGGAUCGUACGUGAAUAGCCAGUGGGGCGGGUGUCAGAGGACCGGGGAGAGCUGUACAUUUGGCGCGAUCCGGCCUGAUAUUCUCACGCCGGUGCUGAAGGAGUGUAAGCAGGGGAGUGUACCGAGUCUUUAUGUCGAUGUACGCUCUGUUGAGGAUGUGCAGCGGACGAUGGAGUUUGCGAGUCGGUAUAAUGUGCGCCUUGUGGUGAAGAAUACAGGGCAUGAUUAUAUGGGGCGGAGUUCGGCUCCGGACUCGCUUGCGCUGUGGAUGCACAACCUUCAGCCCCCAAUCGAUCUCGACGAGACGUUCUCCCCAGACAACUGCGCCGCCCCCGCCGGCCCCGCAAUCACAUUCGGCGCCGGCCAGCAAUUCGGCUCGAUCUACGACUUCGUCGAGGAACGAGGAUAUCGCAUCGUCGGCGGAAGCUCCUACACCGUCGGCGCAGCAGGGGGGUGGAUCACCGGCGGCGGACACAGCGUCCUCACCAACGAGCUGGGACUGGGCGUCGACAACGUGCUGCAGCUGCGCGCCGUCCUUCCCAACGGUACACACAUCACGGCGAACCGGUGUCAGAAUCAGGAUCUGUUCUUUGCGCUACGCGGUGGCGGGGGUGGAAAUUUCGCGGUCAUCACGGAGAUGACGUCCAAAGUCCACCCGAAGAAGACGAUGCAGUUUGUCACUAUGACAUUCACGAACAUUGGACCGAUCGCGCAGGCGAGACUCAUGGAGGUGCUUGUUGAGAAUGCCGAGAAGUGGGCGGGGGAGGGGUGGGGUGGGUACAUCAAUGCGUUUCCGCUGUUUACGAAUCUGUUCCUUGGGACGGCGCUGUUGGAUCAUGGGGAGGCGAAAGAGUCCAUGAAGCCGCUGUCAGAUUUUGCGACGCUAUUUAAUCUCGGUAUUGUGAGUAUCAAGAGCACGGAUAGCUUUAAGGAGGGGUUGGAUGGGUUCGUUGCCAUUGAGAACCUGGGUAUCGCGCCGGGAUCGGCGUGGGCUCUUUCGAGUCGAAUUCUGAGGAAGGAAUCCUUUGCGGAGGAGAAGCAGGCGAAUCUCUCGUCUAUUCUUACAGACUUUUUGCAGAGCACCCAACGACCGCUUGAGCCGUCGACGCAGAUCCUCGUCCUCUGUCUCACCAUGCCGACGCUUUACUCAGAGAACAUGCCGGAGAGCGACAAGGAAGAUGGGCCCGGGUAUGCGAGCAUAUCGCCGCACUGGCGGGAUGGUAUCUGGCAGGCAUUGCACUUCCGGUCGUACGACGGGACGAUAACGGACCCCGGGCUUGUGACGAAGAUCGCGCAGAAUGCGCACGACGCUAUGCAGCCGCUGCGUGAGUUCGCGCCGGAUAGUGCGGUGUACAUGAAUGAGGCGGAUCCGUGGGAGCCGGACCAUGUCAAUGCUUUCUGGGGACAGGAGAACUAUGACCGGUUACUGCGGAUUAAGAGGGAGGUUGAUCCGCAGGGGGUGUUGAGGGUUUGGAAGGGUGUUGGGUGGGAGGAAUUCGGGGGAGAGGGGGAGGGGAGGUAUGAGUGUUAUCCGGAUGUUGAGGCCGAGGCUUGGUCAUUGUUUCGCGGCUUCUAG